AUGGCCUUCCAAAGUGCGGUGAAAUCUUCAUUAAUGACUAUUCUCAUACUAACUACAAGUAUUAACGAUCAUUCAACGAGCUUUGCACAGGCGAAUAGCAUCGCUAAUCCAACAGUGAACAUUCCUCAAGGAACCUUGCUCGGCACGGUUCGAAAGACCAUCCACAACCGAACGGUUUCAGCUUUUUUGGGUAUACCGUUCGCGCAACCGCCGGUUGGGGAACUCAGGUUCCGGAACCCUGUACCAGCGAGUGGCUGGAGUGGGAUUCGCAAUGCCACUUCGGACGCGGAAAUGUGCCCCCAGUUACUGGGGAAUGAAGUUAAGGGGGAUGAAGACUGCUUGUGGAUCAACGCUUACACGCCGGAGGUCCCGAAGAGUGAUAAAUCACCAUUACUUCCGGUGAUGGUUUACAUCCACGGGGGAGCCUUCGUCGGCGGAAACGCAAGAUCUGACAGGUACGGACCAGAGUAUUUACUCGAUGCGAACAUAGUUCUCUUUCUACCGAGUCAUCGAGUCGGUCCAUUUGGAUUUUUGAGCACCGGUGACAAAAUCGCGUCCGGUAAUUGGGGCCUCAAGGACCAGAUCCUCGCACUUAAAUGGGUCCAGAAAAACGCUAAAUACUUUGGUGGCGAUCCGGAUCGAGUCACGCUGUUCGGAGCAAGUUCGGGCGGUGCCUGCGUCCAUCUUUUAACCUUAUCAGACCUCACCAUUGGACUGUUUCACAAGUACAUAACGCAGAGCGGAUCGGCUCUCGGUAUCUGGGCCCAAUUACCAAAAUCUGGUUACUCGAACCGGGCUUACGAACUCGGCGAGUACGUCGGCUGCUCAAACAAAACGUCGGAGGCUCUGGUCAAGUGUCUGAGAGGAAUCGACUUUGCCAAAAUUAUAGCCACGGCACCGCGUUUCAUUCGCUGGCAUGUAUGGCCGGUAAUUGUUUGGGCCCCAACUGAAGAGCCGGAUAUCGAAGGCGCGGUAUUUACCGAUACUACGACUAAUUUGUUUGCGGCAGGAAAAAUCCGCGACCUACCUUGGAUUUCCGGUGUUGUUAGAGACGAAGCGCUUCUGUAUACCGUUAAGUUUUUCGAAGACCAGGAACUCUUUCGCCGUUUUCUCGAGAAGUUUGACGCCGUUUUGCCGGAAGCUGCAACGUUGAAUUAUCAACCCGAUAAAGGGGCUGCUUACAUCGAUGCCGUGAAGUCCUUCUAUUUGAAAGGCGGUCUGAGUGGAAAUGAAAGUUUGAUACUCCAAAACGUUACGGGCGCCUUGGGCGACCUUCUAUUUCGAUAUCCAGCCUACAGCGCACUUCUUCAGCACCAUGCUGUCGCGAAAAGUCCACAAUAUUUCUACAACCUGAAAUACCGGGGCACUUUUAGCAACAUCUAUUUCUUCCAAGACAAUCCAAAAAGCUUGGGUGUAGGACACGGCGAUGAUACGUUUUACAUAUAUUUUCCGGAAUUGCAAUUUCCACCCGCCAUUUACAACAGAACCGUCACCAAAAGAGAUUUGGAAAUAACGGACAUCAUGGUGCAGCUGUGGACGUCCUUUGCGAUCGACGGAACACCAACUUCCCCAGCUUUAAACGGGGCACCGUGGAAACCAUUCUCCGCAGCAGAGGGUAACUAUCUUCGUAUAGGAGAUGAAUACGAUACAUCAAUCGGAAUGGAAAAUUCGUUCUAUCCAGAGCGAAUGCAGUUUUGGUCCACUGUAACGGAUCUCACACGAAAACUUUGGUCGAGACAAGUUUAAUUGUCGGUAUAUAAGAAAGAAUUUUCCAGAAUAUUUACUAGAUAGAUUAAGUACAAAAAUUUCGCACGUGUCUGCAGUUAAAUGUCUCGAACAAUGUAGGCCAAGAUCCAAGGAUAAAUUCGUACAAUGUCAUACAGAUUAACUGACUGUUCAGAAGUUGAGUAUAUGUAUAUGUAUAUUGUAAGGUAUAUUCUAUUAUGGUCGAAGGAUUUCAGAUAGAUAAUUAUAAGAUCUAUAAGGAAUCAUAUUCUUGGAGCACACAUGGCUUGAGUUUAGUAUUAGAAACUUGAUCACCAUUCAAAGAUAAGUGUAUAAUUAGUAUGAAAAAAUGUUUCUUUCAUAACAGCUACGGGUUUCCAUUGAAUCACUGUCUCAUCGUUCAUCAUAUAUUGAAAGUGGUUCGAAUCAGUUACUUUCCUACUCAUCUGUUGGUUGCAUGAAAUAAAUUUCACCACCAGGACACUGAG